CUCGCAGCAGCUACUCAGCCGUCGGCCGGUGUGAGCCUGAGCAUCCUUCUAGAAAAAAUACCACCGGAGGUAAAGAAAAGAUACGGACUUGCACUCACACAGUUACCGUUCAGUCCGACACAGGGGACCUCUUUGAAGACAAAGAGUAUAAAGAUGCCUUCAGCAAUGGUUGGCAACAGUGCUGUGCAGUCUGCCAGUCCAGACCUGGGAAACGGAAGUCAUUCUGAGGCCGUGAAGCAGAUUAUUGGCGUGAUCGAGAAGAAGGUCCGCAACAUGGAAAAGAAGAAGUCCAAACUGGAUGACUACCAGGAAAAGAAGAAUAAGGGAGAACGACUGAAUCAGGAUCAGCUGGAAGCCUUGUCAAAGUACCAAGAGAUCAUCUACAAUGUUGAGUUUGCUCGAGACUUGCAGAAGAGCUUCCUGGCAAUGGGCCAAGAGGUUCAAAAGGCGGUGAAAAAGUCUGCGAGACGGGAACAGCUACAGCGGGAGGAGAUGGAACAACGGCGGCUGAGGACCGUUUUGGAGCUUCAGUUUUUACUGGACCAGUUGGGCGACGACAGUGUCAGACAGGACCUCAAACGACCUGAUGCCUCUGGCUCUCCUCUGCUCUCGGACGCUGACCUCACAUCCCUCGAUGAGCUUUACAAACUGAUGGGACCUGAUAGGAACUAUGAUGUCAGGUUGACUGACCAAUAUGAAGAGGCCUCAGUACACUUGUGGGAACUGCUUGAGGGCCGAGACAAGGCUGUGGCAGGGACCACAUAUAAGUCACUGAAGGACACUCUGGACAAAGUGCUGCUGAGUGGUUACUUUGACAGAGCUCACACUCAUCAGAAUGGGACAUGUGAGCAGGAAGAGGAACAAGAGGAGCAGCCUGUGGUGGAGGAAUCUAAGGCAGAGGAGCAGCUACCAGAACCUGAAGGAACAGCUAGUGAGACAUACACACAGCCAAUUCAAGUGGAAACCACAGAGUUUGUAAACAGACAGUUCAUUCCAGAAACUACGUACAGCAGUCCUGACAAAGACCAGGUGGAGGAGUGGACAGUGGAGGCUCAGCUGGUGAAUUCCCUCCAGCACCCGCCUCCUGCCCAGCUGACUCCAGAACCAACUGUGACUGUGAACCAUGUCUCUCCCUCUCCAACCCCUGACCCGGUGGUCAGAAAGCAGGCAGUGCAAGACCUCAUGGCCCAGAUGCAAGGGACAUACAACUUCAUGCAGGACUCUGUGUUGGAGUUUGACGGCCAUGCUCUGGACCCAGCCAUCGUGUCUGCACAGCCCAUGAAGCCCGUGCCGACUGCUGACCUGCAGCAGAUGGGCUGCCCCUCAACAGCCCUUUCAGAGUCCAGACUUCCUCAAACAAGUGCAGUGUCGGGAUCACAGGAGUCCUCACAAGCUGCGAUGUCUGAGCAGUCCCCCGCCCCAUGUUCCCUGUCCUCGGCCUUCCCACCCGUCUCCAAACCUGCCCACACUGGAGGCAUCAAUGUCAACGCAGCGCCCUUCCAGUCUGUGCAAGCGGUAUUUAAUAUGAAUGCACCUGUACCUCCAGCCACUGAGGGCCAGGCAGACCCUCUGAAGCAGCCCAGCCAGUUCCCUGGUGGCUAUGGACAUGGCUUUAACAGCCAGUCAGAGAGUCCUGUAGACCAGCCUGACAUCCCACAGGAGACAUUACAGUCAGCUGUAGGUGGGUUCCAACCCCAGGACCAGGUAAUGCCCCCAGCAGGAGCCAAUGAAGAGCCCUCUCCAGGUGCAGGGUUUGGACAGUCGGGCCAGUCCUUUUACAACAGCAGGGCUGUGCCCAGGCCCGGGCCCAGGAACACACGUGGCAUGAUGAACGGAUACCGGGGCUCCUCUAACGGAUUUAGAGGUGGAUAUGAAGGCUAUCGCCCUCCUUUCUCAAAUGCUGCCAGCGGUGGUUAUGGUCAAACACAGUUUAACACGUCCCGGGACUAUUCUAAUGGCACCUACCAGCGGGAGGGAUAUCAGCAAGGCUACAAACGGGGAGCUGCCCAAGGACCUCGAGGUUUGUCUCGAGGUAACGCUCAAGCAAUGCGAUCCUAAAGGAUUCCAAGGACCGUCAAGUCGCGCCACGUUGAACAUUCAGGAUUUUUGAAUGUGUUUGCCCCAGUUCACUUUUCUAACAAUGUUUUAUUUCUCAUUGGUAAUCCUAUUUUUUUAACUCCUGGCCUCCUACUAUCAGAGUCACUCUGCUUCGGUCUGUCUAGAUCCUAACACGAAAUGCUGAACUUCACAUGUAGGAUUAUCAGCAUGUCUGUGUUGUCAAACAACAAAUAGAUAUUCCUGUAAACUUGAAAGAUUUCAUUAAUUUAUUUUUUGUACAAAAUAAAUGCAAAAAAUACCCUGCCACUGUCGAUCUAAUUACAUGAGAAUGAUUUUCUUCUGCCCAGUGCGUUCAGCUACUCUUUCCUUUAGAUCUAACAAGUUUCAUAAAGGCAUCUAUUUUUUUUUGUUUUUACCCCAGUCACCUCUCAUGCAAUCACAUCUUUGUACGCUGAUGUUAUUCAUUGAGACUGUUUCAAUAAAGUUAUGUUCUAUUA